CACCUGAUGGCUGGGCGGGUUCCCCAGGGUGCAGACCGGGCAGCAGUGGCAGGGGAGAUGGAAACCACCUUCAUUGAGAAUCUCACAUAUGCUGCUGACCUCCUGGCCCAGGAAGACAUGAUUGGACUGGUGGAGCCUAUUAACAACCGCAUCACUGACCCUCGUUACUAUCUGAACACCCCGCACCAAGCUGCUGCCAUCCUGGAGAAGGUGGGACGGCCCAACCUGAAGCUGCAGCUGGAUCUCUUUCACUGCCAGAUCAUGGAUGGGAAUUUGUCACGCAACCUGGAGACAUACUUCCCACUCAUUGGGCAUAUCCAGAUCGCACAGGUGCCAGGGCGGCAUGAGCCAGACAGCCCUGGGGAGCUGAACUUCUCCUACAUCUUCCAGGUCCUGGAGUCCCUUGGCUACACCGGCUACGUGGGGUGCGAGUAUGCUCCGAAAGGAGACACCCUGGAAGGUCUGGGCUGGCUGCGGUCAUACUGGGAGAGUCAAGGGCUGCAGCAUGGUGGGACCAGCAAGGCAACAGAGUAAAAGGAAACUGCUGGAAUAAAAGUCAAAGCAAUG